AUGAGCAAUAAAAAUCCAAUUAUGUAAGACAAUGCGUAAACUAAUAAUUCUUUGAUUAAAGAAAAUGAUUCAAAAGUUGUAAAUAAUAAGAGUCAAGUACAGUAAUUAACUGAGGAAUAGAAAUAACAAUAAGUAUAAUGCUAAAUUUCAUAUUUAAGAUGGAUUAAUUUAAGAAAUUCUUACAGUAAACAGGUAUUUCAGAUGCAUUUUAAGUUAUUUUUGCUGAGAUAAUAGACAAGAAAUUAAAAGAGGAAGAUAGUUACAAAUAUACAGCUGAUAGAUUAAGAGAAAUAGGAAAAGGUUUGAGUACAGAGUAAAUGGUAAUUUAAUUAUUUAUUCUAAUUAGAAAGCAAAAUCAGAGAUGUAAAAAAAAGAAUUAGCAGAGAAAAUGAAAAAAAAAUGAGUGACA